UGGAUUAAUCGCUCCGAGAGCGAUUAAUGACGGCAUAAGUCUCUACUAGCCAAUCAUAAAGCUUAUAAGUACUUGUUCGACCAAUAAACGUAGGCGUGAGUUAACCCAGAGCCAGUCGAACAUGCUAUUAGAAAGUUUUAAGAGUAAUUGCGUGGGAGUUUGAGCCGUGGCAGCGCUUCUAGCUGCCUCUAGCGAAAUAUUGAAGGAAGGAAGGAAGAAAGAAGUUUUAGUAAAAAAGCAGACACUACCAACUCACCACCAGUGCGAGUUUUAAUCUAACCUAAUUGGCUUUUGCCUUUUUAUUUUGUUUUUUUUAUCUGUAUAUCUGUUUCUUUUUAAAUUCCAAAAGUGUACACUAGUCAGCAAUAGAAAACAGAUCUAUAAGCAAAGCUGAGGAGCCUCUAGAACAGCUGAAUCUACAUUUCGUAUUAUUUCGCAUACCAAAAAGCGUCGGAUAAGUGUAUUUUUAUUAAGAUUCGUGGUAAAACCACCAUUUUUUAAACUCUUAUAAUGCAGUCGUGCAAUCAAAUUUCCACAUUUGUCUAUGAUACAAAAGAUUUUAAUCUCUCUGUCAAAUCGCAUGAAGAAACUGAGGCUCCGUUCGACGAUAUUUUGCAACGGAAAUGGAAGCAGGCUGAAGAAGCCAAAAUCUUUCGAUACGCUUUAAAUAUAAGGAACAAUAAAACAUUGAGAGGGAGAUACAAGUUUUUAAUACAAUUUAAUCCGGAGCGAGCACAAUGCAGACGUGCACCACAGUCGAUCACUUCAAUGUCGCAACCUUUCAGCCUCACAGGCUUCAAUUUCACUAAAUUGAAACAACCUGAGAUGUUACUUGAUAUAGGAAACGGUGACAGUAACAAUAUAUUGGCAAUUAAUGACAGUCCUUUGGAGUGGUGUCACUCCUUGCUCAUUAUGGAACGUUCAAAAUGUUUGCCUCAAAUCAUGACAGAGUGUAGUCUCCACAAAGCAAUAGAAUUGUGUCUUUUAAGCAAUUCAUGUUCUCUCAGAAUUGCUUUCAAUAGCUUAUGUGGUCAUGCAUCUGUCAAUCACUUACACUGGCAUUUGUAUUAUUUGAGACAUGAGAUGCUUCUUGAAUACAUUGAUGUUUGCAGUUAUGUGCUUGGUGUACAUUUGUUGAUGAAUUAUCCAGCGAAAGGAUUAUGUAUCAAAUUUUCUAGCUUUAGAAAUAUCGGAGAUUUUGUAUCUCGAGCAUUUCUCGUAGUGAAUUACUUGCAACUGCGUCGAAUAGCUCAUAACGUGUAUAUUACACGAGCGAAAUUAAAAUCGAACGACGAAAUGUACGGUGAUGUACGAAUUUAUGUUUGGGCUAGAAAGUCAUGUGUCGGUGUGAAAGAUACAAUUGCAUUUAUACCAGCAGCAUGCGAAUUUUUCGGACAUUUGUCAUUUGGAGAUGAAGAUAUAUAUGACAAUCUGAAAGAGGAUGAUGUGAUUGGUAUUCUUAAUGAUUUUACGGAGGAGAGUUUUUUGUUAAUUAAAGACCAACUUCGACAUUUUUUAGAAAACACAAAAGAGAGGAUAUAACAGAAAGUCCUAAAAUUAUAAUAAUAAAAUUCCAUUAAUCUUUUAGUUGCAAUAUCAUCAAUCUUUGAAUCCAAAUUCGUAUUAAACUAUAUUUUAUAUAUAUAUAUAUAAAUGAUAACGGCGGUGAACAUCUAUUUUAUAAUAAACUAGAUGCUAUAAACCUGA